CUCACGGAGAAUUUGACUAACCGGCUUUUUAGAUUUUGUGUUAUUGUUGUGUUAAAUUAAUUUUAUUACUUCUUUUUAGUUUGUGUGCCAAGAUGUUGACGGGAUGGCGACUGGCUCUGUCGAAAUUGUUCAUAAUACCGCAGCGGUAUGUCAUGGCUAUAAUGGCUUUGUUGGCUAUAGCUAAUGCAUAUACCAUGCGAGUGUGCCUCAACCUAGCUAUCACUCAGAUGGUACGGAAAAAGGAAGCAGCAAUAGGAGACGCGCACUACGAUCCGAAUGCUUGCCCAAGCCAGAAUGUGGUUGCUAAUACGACUAUGCGACUGUCGGAAUAUCUGUUACGCGCAGCUGAUGAUGGUACAACAUACUUCGAAUGGAGCGAAGCCACACAAGGGUUAAUCCUUAGCUCAUUCUACUAUGGGUAUGUGAUAACUCACUUGCCUGGAGGGAUGCUGGCGGAGAAGUUUGGUGGAAAAUGGGUCCUUGGUUUGGGGCUAUUGUCAACUGCUGUAUGUACGUUCAUAACUCCGUAUGCAGUCAAAACAGGAGGCGCAACGGCUCUCUUCAUACUGAGAGUAGUGGAGGGUCUUGGAGAGGGUCCAACAAUGCCUGCUUUAAUGGCCAUGGUGUCAAAAUGGGCACCGAAAACUGAGAGAGCUCGUAUGGGAGCUAUCAUUUUCGGAGGCGCACAAAUUGGUAACAUCGGCGGAUCUUAUUUCUCGGGUCUUAUAAUGCAUAAUGGUAGCUGGGAGAAUGUCUUCUAUUUGUUUGGCGGUUUUGGACUUAUUUGGUUCGUCAUUUGGAUUUUUAUAUGCUACAGCACUCCAAAUACUCACCCGUUUAUAUCAGACAGUGAAAAGAAAUUUCUGAAUGAAAAUGUAGAUGCUCUCAUUCACAGUGAGAAGCAGAAAUUGGACCCUGUGCCCUGGAAGGCUCUAUUACGAUCAGUACCUCUGUGGUCUUUGAUUAUAGCCGCUAUUGGUCAUGAUUGGGGAUACUUCACGAUGGUCACUGAUCUACCAAAAUACAUGACAGAUGUGUUGAAAUUCAAUAUCAAAUCUGCUGGAAUCCUAUCUGCAGCUCCGUAUGUGGCUAUGUGGAUAGCGUCGUUCUUCUUUGGACUCAUCUGCGACUUCUGCGUCAAGAGAGGCUAUCACAGUAUACAGAAUGCUCGAAAAAUAUACACAACUAUCGCUGCAACGGGUCCUGGUAUAUGUAUUAUCCUCGCUUCGUACUCCGGCUGCGAUACUACUCUGGCAGUGUUCUGGUUCAUAGCGGCUAUGACACUCAUGGGUGCCUACUACAGUGGAAUGAAGAUUAAUGCUCUGGACAUCACCCCUAACUACGCUGGUACCACCACAGCCUUGGUCAACGGUAUUGCUGCUAUAUCGGGAAUCGUCUCACCGUAUCUUAUUGGACUAUUAACACCGCAAUCUACCCUCAAACAAUGGCGGGUGGCGUUUUGGGUUUGCCUCGGGGUGUUAGUGAUCACCAACGCGAUUUACUUGAUGUUCGCAAAAGGCGAGCAGCUAUGGUGGGAUGACGUCAAAAAGCACGGCUAUCCUGAAGGCUGGAAACAUGGUCCAUUGCCAUUGAGAUCGCAAGACACGGAAGCGAAAAAAGAAGAAAACACCGAAAAGAAAUGAUUCUAUCACGACUGAUUCUAUUGUAAAUAGUAUUUAAUAUUUAUUAAUUACGUUAUAAUUUAUAGCUAUUUAAGGAACUAUUCCACUUGAAUAUGUGUAUGCAGAAUUU